CGACGUCUCACAGCCAUGUUCCAUCUUCGCGAAUUGUGGGAUGGGAAAUGGCAUUCGCUGCCCACCUCAAGGUGGCUCUCCGAGGCAUUCCAGGACACCACCGCGAGCGAUUCGCCUGGCUCACGAACAACGCACAUCGAGCCGUUUGCCUACCCCGCUUCCCUAUUCACCGCAAGUGUCGAGACUUCUGCUUCUGAGAUGAUGACUGCUUUGUGAGCUCAUGCGAAAAGCCAUGUCUCAGUCUAGGGUGCCACCAGCUGGAGACCGAGGGGUCGAGAAGAGAACGAGGCGCGGUAGAGAGCGGCCACACAGUCUGCCAGCCAGCCCUCUUUUCUGGCGCCUCCAUCCAAGGUCUACCUGCCGACCGACCGGUGUCUUUUCUUUCUGUUGGCGAGCCUGGGGGUUGAUACUCGAUAUGAGGUUGAAACCCGGCAUUUGCACGAGAGUGUGCACGGAAAAUGCUCAUCAAUCUCAGUCUAGUGUGGAUCCGGUCGGGAGGGGGGGAUCGUGGAAACCAGAUCGCUCACGUUGCGGGGUAAUGGGCGACGCAGCGUAUCGGCUUGACGGGGGUGACGGGGGUGGCACACAUUUGCACAUGAGCCCACACACCGAUCUGGAAUGGGAAGCACACCGCAAUUCCCCGAUACAGCCAAUCCGAGGGUAUGUCUGCUGAGCUGGGUCGGUUGUGUGACGAUGGUCGUCAGCAGAACGGGCGUCGAUGACAGCGAUGACGAUGACAAGGACGUCGGUGUGCGAGAGAC